UCGGGCGCAUUUCUGUCCGGUCGCGCUCGCGCGGCGCUGCCCCCAGCUCCAGGCUCGCGCAGUGCUGUUUCAUUAGAGCCCUGGAUCCGGGCCACUCACCAGCAACUUCCCCGCAACAGGCGAGAUUUACGACCCCCUCCCCCGGCUCUGGGCCUCGCAAUGUCAGGCAGGAGCGCCGCAACAUAAAAUGGAUCCCGGCAGGCGCGGCGGAUGCAGCCAGGCGGCGGGCUCUCCGGCCGGUCCGCUGUUCGCGAGGCUCCGCGCUGCGCCCCGGCGCACACGCGCGCCCUGACCGCAGACGCCGGCCGGGGCACCCCGCCGGCCGGGCCACGCCGCCGCCCCUCUCUGCUCUCGCGCAACUGUCAGGCAAAGCGGGCCGGCGCAUAUUGGCUCCCCAACACGCCGAGGCUCCUCCCCGAUCUGGAUCUUUAUAUUUUGGGAGAAUUUCUUUGAACUCAGUUACCAAGCUCCGCGAAGGAGACAAGUUCCCAGAGCCGGCUCGCCGGCGGAGGCGAGGCGGGGGGCUCGCCCACCUUGUCUGCAGCUGCCGUGUGCCCCGAUUGUACUCGUCUUUUCCUCGUGGAGGAAAACGGACUCCUAGGCUGAGGAGAAGGCCAAUUAUCUGGAUGUGACCGUGAAAAGAGAACGGGUGGCUGGAGAAGGCAGAAGAGGAGGAAAAGCAUUAUUUGAAGAGAAGAAUAAACCAGGCAUUCCAACCUUUCUGCAAAUUAGUGCUGUUACUUCUGGGGUCCAUCUGCUUUUAUCCCCCCGCCCCCUUCAGUAAGAAACCUUGACUUGAGGGCCAAGAGACAGCCCCCUACAACUGGAUACCCUUCUGGGUUGGAAGACCUUUUGGAUGUAGCGUUGGUGGAACAUUUAGACACUCUCUUCUGGAAAAGCCACCAUGAAUUCGGUAGCUGGGAAUAAAGAGAGGCUUGCAGUCUCCACCAGGGGCAAGAAAUACGGGGUGAAUGAAGUCUGCUCGCCCACCAAGCCCGCGGCGCCUUUCUCCCCCGAAAGCUGGUACCGGAAAGCAUACGAAGAGUCGCGCGCCGGGAGCCGCCCCACUCCCGAGGGCGCGGGCUCGGCGCUCGGCUCGUCGGGGACGCCGUCCCCCGGCUCGGGCACCUCGUCCCCGAGCUCCUUCACGGGCUCCCCGGGCCCCGCCUCCCCGGGCAUUGGCACCAGCUCGCCUGGCUCCCUGGGCGGCUCGCCAGGUUUCGGCACGGGCUCCCCGGGCUCGGGCAGCGGCGGCGGCUCCUCCCCCGGAUCGGACCGCGGCGUCUGGUGCGAGAAUUGCAACGCCCGCCUGGUGGAGCUGAAGAGGCAGGCUCUGAAGCUGCUCCUCCCGGGGCCCUUUCCCGGCAAGGACCCUGCUUUCUCGGCUGUGAUUCACGACAAGCUCCAGGUCCCCAACACCAUCCGGAAGGCAUGGAAUGACAGGGACAACCGCUGUGACAUUUGCGCCACGCACCUGAACCAGCUGAAGCAGGAGGCCAUUCAGAUGGUGCUGACCCUGGAACAGGCGGCUGGCAGUGAGCACUUCGAUGGCUCACCCGGCUCGCCCCCAGCCCUCUCCAACAUCCCCACUCCGGUGGGGUCCCGGCAUGUGGGGGGGCUCCAGCAGCCCAGGGAUUGGGCCUUUGUGCCCACCUCCUAUGCCUCCUCCAACUACACAGCCUUCAUCACCAAUAAGCAUAGCAGCAAACCCAACAGCCUCGGGGUCAGCAAUGGGGCGGAGAAGAAGAGUGGGUCUCCAACCCACCAGGCCAAGGUCAGCCUCCAGAUGGCCACCAGCCCCAGCAAUGGGAACAUCCUCAACUCAGUGGCCAUCCAGGCUCACCAGUACCUGGACGGCACCUGGUCCCUGUCGAGAACCAACGGGGUCACCCUCUACCCCUACCAGAUCUCCCAGCUGAUGACAGAGCCUGGCCGGGAGGGCCUGACAGAGGUGGCGCUGAAUCGCUACAAUGCAGACAAGCCUCCGGCCUGCAGCGUCCCCGCCUCGCAAGCCUCCUGCGUGGCCAGCGAGACCUCCGUGGGCACCUCGGUGGCCGCGUCCUUCUUCGCCAGGGCUGCCCAGAAGUUAAAUCUUUCUUCUAAAAAGAAGAAACAUCGGCCUUCCACUUCUUCCGUUGCCGAGCCACCUCUCUUUGCCACCAGCUUCAGCGGGAUUCUGCAGACUUCCCCGCCCCCGGCCCCGCCCUGCCUGCUGAGGGCCGUCAGCAAGGUGAAGGACACCCCAGGCCUGGGCAAGGUGAAAGUCAUGCUUCGCAUUUGUUCCACGUUGGCUCGCGAUACCUCGGAAUCCAGCUCUUUCUUAAAGGUGGACCCACGAAAGAAGCAGAUCACCUUGUAUGACCCCCUGACAUGUGGAGGUCUAAACGCCUUCCAAAAGAGAGGGAACCAAGUUCCUCCUAAGAUGUUUGCCUUUGAUGCGGUUUUUCCACAAGAUGCUUCUCAGGCUGAAGUGUGUGCUGGAACCGUGGCAGAGGUGAUCCAGUCUGUGGUCAACGGGGCAGACGGCUGUGUGUUCUGUUUCGGCCACGCCAAGCUGGGAAAAUCCUACACCAUGAUCGGAAAAGACGAUUCCAUGCAGAACCUUGGUAUCAUCCCCUGUGCCAUCUCUUGGCUCUUCAAGCUGAUAAAUGAACGGAAAGAAAAGACUGGAGCCCGUUUCUCGGUGCGGAUCUCAGCCGUGGAGGUGUGGGGCAAAGAAGAGAACCUUCGGGACCUGCUGUCGGAGGUGGCCACGGGCAGCCUGCAGGACGGCCAGUCUCCGGGCGUGUACCUGUGCGAGGACCCCAUCUGUGGCACGCAGCUGCAGAACCAGAGUGAGCUGCGGGCGCCCACCGCGGAGAAGGCCGCCUUCUUCCUGGAUGCUGCCAUAACCUCCCGGCGGGGCAGCCAGCAGGACUGCAAUGAGGACGACCUCCGCAACUCCCACAUGCUCUUCACGCUGCACAUCUACCAGUACCGCAUGGAGAAGAGCGGCAAGGGGGGAAUGUCUGGAGGCCGCAGCCGCCUGCACCUCAUUGAUCUUGGCAGCUGUGUGAAAGCUCUUAGCAAAAAUCGGGAAGGAGGCUCAGGGCUGUGCCUCUCACUGUCUGCUCUGGGCAAUGUCAUCCUGGCUCUCGUCAAUGGCAGCAAACACAUCCCAUACAAAGAAAGCAAGCUCACCAUGCUGCUGCGGGAGUCCCUGGGGAACGUGAACUGCCGCACUACCAUGAUCGCUCACAUCUCGGCCGCCGCCGGGAACUACGCCGAAACUCUGUCCACCAUCCAGAUUGCCUCGAGAGUGUUGAGGAUGAAGAAAAAGAAAACGAAGUACACAUCGAGCUCCUCCGGGGGAGAGAGCUCCUGUGAGGAAGGCAGAAUGCGCAGGCCCACCCAGCUGAGACCCUUCCACGCCAGGGCCGCCGUGGAGUCGGACUUCGCGAUCCCUCACCUGUCCAGCGACCCCGACUACUCCUCCAGCAGCGAGCAGUCCUGCGACACGGUCAUCUACGUUGGGCCAAGCGGCACGGCCCUCUCUGACAAGGAGCUCACCGACAACGAGGGGCCUCCAGAUUUUGUCCCUAUCGUGCCGGCCCUGCAGAAGGCGGCCAGGGGUGACAGCCGGCCCACGGAGGCCGGAGAGGCCACGGCCAGCAAGUCGGAAAGGGACUGCCUGAAGUGCAACACGUUCGCCGAGCUGCAGGAGAGGCUAGAUUGCAUUGACGGCAGCGAGGAGCCCAGCACGUUCCCUUUCGAAGAGCUGCCGGCCCAGUUUGGGGCAGAGCAGGCAAGCAAGAGUGUCCCGCUAAGCCAAGCAGCUGGGGCAAGCCCACUCUGUGAGUCUGAUGAGGAAGAUGAUGGGUCAGAUGGCCAGCUGACAGCCGGAGAAGGCAGUGAGCCCCCGGGCUCCGAGGUGCAGGGGAGUCACUCCCCUGUCCCUGCUGCAUGGCUCACCAACAGCCCCACCCCUGCCUCCCCCAGAAGCAUCCCAGGCAGCAGCAGCCAGCACGGUUCUUCCCAGCUCGUGCAGAGCCCCAGCCUCCAGAGCAGCCGGGAAAGCCUGAACUCCUGUGGCUUUGUAGAAGGCAAGCCCAGGCCUAUGGGUUCCCCCAGGCUGGGCAUCGCCAGCCUGUCCAAGACCUCAGAGUACAAGCCGGCCAGCUCUCCUUCCCAGAGGUGCAAAGUCUACACCCAGAAGGGUGUCCCGCCUUCUCCUGCCCCCCUGCCCACCUUCAGCAAGGAUGCGGGCAUGGUAUCUAGUGCGUCCCUGCUGCAGCCCAAGGUACGUACCCCCCCGGUUGGAAUGAGCCCCCAGGUUUUGAAGAAAUCCAUGUCUACUGGGAGUGAAGGGUUCCCAGAAACCGCUGUGGACGCCGAACAUCAGGCAGCAACUUCUCCAGAUGCCAAGAAGGAGAUACUGAGCACCACGAUGGUGACAGUGCAGCAGCCCCUGGAGCUGAACGGUGAGGACGAGCUGGUGUUCACGCUGGUGGAGGAGCUGACCAUCAGCGGGGUCCUGGGCGGCGGCCGCCCCACCAGCAUCAUCAGCUUCAACAGUGACUGCUCGGUGCAGGCCUUGGCCUCGGGCUCCAGGCCCGUCAGCAUCAUCGGCAGCGUCAGCGAGGACCUGGAGUGCUACUCAAACGUGGCUCCUGUCUCCGAGGUCAGCAUCACGCAGUUCUUGCCCCUCCCGAAACUGAACCUGGAGGAGAAGGCCCGGGAGGCAGGGAGCAGGCGUUCCUCCAUCAGCUCCUGGCUGAGUGAGAUGAGCACAGGCAGUGACAGCGAGCCGCCCUGCCACAGUUUCAUAGCCCAGACGUGUUUCGGGCACGGGGAGGCGAUGGCAGAUCCUCCGACCUCGGAGUUCGUCAGUGGCAUCCAGAACACCGCUGUGGUGUGCCGAGAGAAGCCCAAGGCGGGCCCCGACAAUUUGCUCAUCUUGUCGGAAAUGGGGGACGACUCCUUCAACAAAGCAACCCCCAUCAAAGGCUGCAAGAUAUCCACGCUGGGCAAAGCCAUGGUCACCAUCUCUAAUACAGCCAGCCUGAGCAACUGCGAAGGGUACAUCCCCAUGAAGACCAACAUUACGGUUUACCCCUGCAUCGCCGUGAGCCCCCGGAACGUCCAAGAGCCCGAGGCGUCCCUUGCCACCGUCAGCUCAGUCCCCAAAGCAGCCCGGUCUCAGGAGAGCAAGGAAAGUGGUGCAAAGAAAGAGAUGAAAUUUGAGGACCCCUGGCUGAAACGAGAAGAGGAGGUAAAAAAAGAGAAUGCCUGUCCCCCCGAAGCAGGGAUUAGGCACGAGACUGCCACAGGCCCCCCAAAGCCUGAGGCCAGAGCAGACCAGGACAGGAAGGCGAGCCCCAGUGACGGGCUGAGCAGCAGCGGCGGUGAGGUAUCUGCCUCCCCCGUGGCCGACAACUUCAGGAGGGUUGUGGAUGGCUGUGAGAUGGCCCUGCCCAGUGUGGCUGCCCAGAGCCCUGUGCAUCUCAACAAAAGCCUGAAGUCGAGCAGCCUUCCCAGGGCUUUUCAGAAAGCCAGCAGGCAGGAGGAAGUGGACAGCCUCUUCUCUCACUGCCCUGCCGAGACCAACGGCAUCGGCCCGGCUUCCAGCACCCAGCCCUCCAAGGCCACCCUGGAGAGGAAGUUGGCGUCACCCAAGCACUGUGUCCUGGCUCGGCCCAAAGGGACUCCCCCGCUGCCCCCUGUCCGAAAGUCCAGCUUGGACCAGAAGAACCGGGCCAGCCCCCAGCACAGCGCCUGCAGCAGCAGUUCCAGCAGCCCCUUGAACCAACCGGCGCCCUUCUCGGCCAGCUUCCCGGACGAGCCCAGCGGCAAGAUGAAGGAUGCCGGCAGCAGCAGCAAGCUCUUCGGUGCCAAGCUGGAGCAGCUGGCCAGCAGGACCAACUCUCUCGGCAGGACAACAGUCAGCCACUACGAAUGCCUCUCGCUGGAGAGGGCCGAGAGCCUGUCCUCCGUGAGCUCCAGGCUGCACGCGGGGAAGGACAGCACCAUGCCCCGCACGGGGAGGAGCCCGGGCCGCAGCGCCGGGGCCUCGCCCACCAACCCGGGCCCCGCGCAGUCGGCCGGGGCCUCGCCCAAGGCCAGCCAGUCCAAGAUCUCCGCCGUGAGCAAGCUGCUCCUGGCCAGCCCCAAGGCCCGCAGCCUGUCCACCUCCACCACCAAGACCCUGAGCUUCUCCACCAAGUCCCUGCCGCAGGCGGUGGGCCAGAGCUCCGGCCCGCCCCCCGGCGGGAAGCACAUGUCCUGGUCCACCCAAUCGCUGAGCCGGAGCCGGGGCUCGGGCCUGGCGUCCAAGCUGCCGCUGCGGGCGGUGAACGGGCGCAUCUCGGAGCUGCUGCAGGGCGGCGCGGGCCCCCGGGGGCCGCCGGGGCGCGCGGGGCCCGAGACGGAGGAGCGCGCGGCCCCCGCCGACGAGCGCCCGCCACCCGCCGUCCCGCUGCCCUCGCCCUACAGCAAGAUCACGCCGCCGCGCAGGCCCCACCGCUGCAGCAGCGGCCACGGCAGCGACAACAGCAGCGUGCUGAGCGGGGAGCUGCCGCCCGCCAUGGGCAAGACGGCGCUCUUCUACCACAGCGGCGGCAGCAGCGGCUACGAGAGCAUGAUGCGCGACAGCGAGGCCACCGGCAGCGCGUCGUCCGCCCAGGACUCCAUGAGCGAGAACAGCAGCUCCGUGGGCGGGCGCUGCCGCAGCCUCAAAGCCCCGAAGAAGCGCGCCAACUCAGGUUCCCAGAGACGGAGGCUCAUCCCGGCGCUGUCCCUUGACACCCCCUCCCCUGUGAGAAAACCGGCCAACAGCGCAGGGGUCCGUUGGGUGGACGGCCCCUUGCGCAGCACCCAGAGGGGCCUCGGGGAACCUUUUGAGAUCAAAGUCUAUGAAAUCGACGACGUGGAGCGGCUGCAGCGGCGACGAGGGGGCAGCAGCAAGGAGGUCAUGUGCUUCAACGCAAAGCUGAAAAUUCUGGAGCAUCGCCAGCAGAGAAUUGCCGAGGUCCGAGCCAAGUACGAGUGGCUGAUGAAGGAGCUGGAGACGACGAAACAGUAUCUGAUGCUGGAUCCCAACAAGUGGCUCAGCGAAUUUGACUUGGAGCAGGUUCUGGAGCUGGAUUCCCUGGAGUACUUGGAAGCGCUGGAGUGCGUGACGGAGCGCCUGGAGAGCCGCGUCAACUUCUGCAAGGCGCACCUCAUGAUGAUCACCUGCUUCGACAUCACCUCCCGGCGCCGCUGACGGGAGCCGCCGCCCGGCCGGCCCUCGCUCCCGAUCCGCAGGCAGCCGCGCUCGGCGGGCCCUCGGUGCUGGCCGUGCUCAGUGACCACGGAAGGAGGACGAAGGUCGGUGGCAAGUCUGGAGUGAGCGUGGAGCGGAAGGCGAUUUUUCUUUUGUUUUCUGUAGGAAAGGUGCAAACACCAAACACGCAGGAGAGGAGAAAAUGAUGGGAAACCCAAGGGACGUGGAAGCCCCCGUGAGACUGAAAAAGCACUUUGAGGAACUUUAAAGAACUUGUUUGUACAUAAGAACUGCUGGCAAAAGAGACCUCACUCUUCUCCUGGUUUGUGAGAAAAGGCGAGGGUGGACGUGGGAUUGCUGUGGAAAGCUGAAACAAAACAAGUUACUCCGAAUGACUGAUGAAGUGCCUUGCAAAUCUUUGUUAUUAUCCAAACAUUUAUGUUCAUACUUUCUUGUGUACAGAUGGUGCUAGUCAAGAUGAAAACAACAAAACGAACAAAAAAGAAAAUCAAACACAUUUUUGCAAUGUAUUUACAGCCCGUUUUCUCUUGGUGUUUUAUCCUAUUUCUGACUUGCUGUUUCUAAGUAAGUUGUGUUUGUAGAGCUAUUUCCUAAUCGGUAUUGCAUAUGAAUAAAUGUUAACUGUCUGCUAUGGUUCUGCUGGGAA